AUGUUAGAGAAGUACUCCACCCUGAAGAGAGCUCAGAAUAUGUCAAUCCUUUGUAAAGUUGGGGCUUUGAGAUGCCGGCUUCAAUGGGAUGCUAAAUUGCAAGUCUUCUUAACGCAUUCAUUACAUCCCAAAUGUAUGAAGAAUGAUGAAGACUGGAAAAUGGGUGAUAUUGUCCACACAUUAACAAACAGAAGAUGGCUCGAAAAAUGUGUAUCAUAUGCUGAGAGUCAUGACCAGGCCUUGGUUGGUGACAAGACAAUUGCAUUUUGGUUGAUGGACAAGCUUAUAAAUACAGACUUGCUUGACUACUAUAAAUCUUAUGGAAAACUUCUCAUAUGCAUUUGCAAUCACCUCCUGAUGUUGAGUAUCAGCUUAGGAAGAAGGCCUAAUAUAGCAUCCCUUAAUUCUCUGGCUGAUAUGUAUGACUUCAUGGCUUUAGACAGGCCAUCUACACCUCGUAUAGAUCGUGGCAUAGCUUUACACAAAAUGAUUAGGCUUAUUACCAUGGGACUUGGUGGUGAAGGGUAUUUGAAUUUUAUGGGGAAUGAAUUUGGUCAUCCUGAGUGGAUUGAUUUUCCAAGGGGUGAACAACUUCUCCCAAGUGGCAAAGUAAUUCCAGGGAACAAUUACAGUUAUGAUAAAUGCAGGCGUAGAUUUGACUUGUUCAUGACUUCUGAGCACCAAUAUAUUUCACGGAAAAAUGAAGGUGACAAAAUUAUAGUCUUCGAAAGGGGCAACCUCGUCUUUGUCUUCAAUUUUCAUUGGAACAACAGCUAUUCAGAUUACAGAGUUGGCUGCUUAACCCCCGGGAAAUAUAAGAUUGUCUUGGAUUCAGAUGAUGCCUUGUUUGGUGGCUUCAAUAGGCUCAACCAUGCUGCUGAGUACUUCACUUCUGUAUGGGACCUCUCUAAACUUGUGUUUGAGUGUGCACCAUGCUCUGGCAUGGACACCGAAGGAUGGUAUGAUGACCGACCUAGAUCCUUUCUUAUCUAUGCACCUUCUAGAACAGCAGCGGUUUAUGCCCUUGCAGAUGAUGUUGAACCAGCCGUUCCAGAUGAUGUUGAACCUACCCUUCCAGAUGAUGUUGAACCUACCCUUCCAGAUGAUGAUGAACCAGAGCCAAUUGAUACUUUAUGA